AUGCUAAAUGCUGAAAAGGAGGAAUUAUCGUUUCACGAAAAUCUUCUGGAGUGUUGUGGCUCUAGUCGAUGGGCUGCAGAAAUGCAUAAGAGGUCUCCCUUUCAAAAUAUCCCAGAGCUGAGCCAAGCGGCUGAUGAAGUGGAUGCCUUGUUGACUGAGGAGGAUUGGCUGGAAGCUUUUGCUGCUCAUCCGAAGAUAGGACGAGUGAAGAAGCCGAUCAAGGAGUGGGAAGCCCAGGAACAAAUGGCAACAAAAAAUGCUGAUGAAGCAACUUUGGAUCGGCUAGAAGAGCUCAAUGAUGCUUACUACAAGAAAUUCGGGUUUAUCUACAUUGUUUGUGCGACCGGAAAGUCUGCAUCUGAGAUGCUUCGCAUUUUAGAAUCUAGACUGCACAAUAGUCGAGAAGACGAGCUCGUGAUCGCCGCAGGCGAACAAAGCAAAAUUACCAAAAUUCGAUUAAAAAAGCUUUCGUCAAGGGUCUUAACAUCAAAAUUUGGGCUCAUGCCACACGUCCCGGAAGAGCUUGCACGUAAGCUGCGUGUAGCUGGACAAGGACAUGUGCUUAAGUUUGAUGACGCCAACAAGCUCGUGGCUAGCGAAGGACAGGAGCUUACAGCAGAACUUGAGUCUCUUGAUCUUGAGCUAUUACAGAAAAUCUUUAAAGCUUCUACAAGCUCAAAGGCUUUGGAAACAAAUAAUAUCGAGCCUCUCGAAAGUUACGAUCUGUUGGAAGAAUGUUCGAUUGAGGAGAAGCAGCGAUGGGAAGAUCGCGGUUUUGAAGCAAUUAGUCAAGGUCAGCUAUGUGCUUUGGUACUAAGUGGAGGUCAAGGUACUCGACUGGGCUUUGCAGGUCCCAAGGGAAUGUAUAAUGUGGGGCUGCCGUCCGAAAAGAGUCUUUUUCAACUGUUUGCAGAGAGACUCUUAGCUUUAGAAGCUCUCGUAGCUCAAAAGUACCCUAUGCAAUCACGAGAUACGAUUCAAAUCAUGUUUUAUGUGAUGACAAGCAAGAUGAAUCACAACACGACGGUCGAGUUUUUUGAAAAUCACAAUUUCUUUGGACUGAAAAAGUCGCAAAUGUUUUUCUUUCCACAAGGCACAUUGCCGUGCUUGACAUUGGAAGGCAAACUCAUUUUGGAGAAUACUCACAAACUGGCGGUUGCGUCGGAUGGUAAUGGAGGUAUUUACAAGGCUUUAAAGACUAGUGGGGCACUCACAAGGCUACAAGGGCAUGGUGUGAAAUAUAUACACGUUUUUUCGGUAGACAAUGCAUUGUGUAAGGUGGCAGAUCCAGUAUUUAUUGGCUACUGCAUUGAUAAACAAGCAGAUUGUGGAAAUAAAGUAGUGUGGAAAUCUCGUCCCGACGAGAAUGUAGGCGUUGUGGCCAAGCGUAAUGGAGCGUACUGCGUUGUGGAGUAUACAGAGCUUAAUGAUACUGCGUCAAAGCAGAUAGAUCCUGCAACCGGCAAGCUUAGUUUCGGUGCUGCCAAUAUUUGCAACCACUUUUUCACUGUUGAUUUCUUAACAGACGUGGUGCUUCCGAACUUAAGUCUUGAGUACCAUGUAGCUCACAAGAAAAUUGCUAUGGCAGAUGACUCUGGCGCUACUUUUACACCCACAGAGAAUUCAGGAAUCAAGCUGGAGUCUUUCAUAUUUGAUGUCUUUACAUUAUCUUCAAAAAUGGCAGUGCUUUCUGUUCCACGAAAGACAGAGUUUGCUCCAGUCAAGAAUCCUCCGCGAUUCCCUACUGACUCCCCUGAUAGUGCACGUCGCAUGAUACAUGAGGAAGGAAAAUCAUGGCUCGUGAAUGCGGCAUCUUCCAUUUUAGAUAGCUCUGACGAGUUAGCGAACUUUGAACGCAAACUGGAGGAAGCCAUUUGCAUUGAGAUAUCGCCUCUGGUUUCCUAUAACGGUGAAGGUUUGUCUACUCAUGUCAAUUUUUUGAUCAAAAAUUUCCUGCGUGAUAUCAUCCGGUUAGAAAGUUCCAAGUUUAUGGCCAACGCUAACUCAGUCCCAGCUUCUCUUCGGAAGACGUACGAAAAAGCAGGCCAAAGCCAUGUCUUUCGAUUUAUUGAUGCCGGCAAAAUCAACGCACACGAAGCAUGUGAGUUAGUAGAAGAUCUCAGACAGUAUGACCCGCACCAGAUUGCUGCUCUCUUCGACCGUUCAGUCAAAGCUGAGAGCGUCAUGAACGUGGAUGCAGACGAAAUUGCACCUCUAGAAGACGAUGCGGUGCAGCAGCUGAGUGAGACUGCGCCCGAAAUCAUGACAAAGUGGCUAGAUUUAGGUCUUGAAGCUGUUGCAAACGGCACAAUAGGUGCAUUGAUUCUCAGUGGUGGUCAAGGAACUCGACUUGGCUUUGCUGGUCCCAAGGGCAUGUACGAUAUCGGUCUUCCUUCUGGCAGAUCUCUUUUUGAGAUUUUUGCUUUGCGUAUUCGCAAGGUGCAGGAGCUUGCACAAACUCGUUUCAUGCUGCCUAAAGCUCCGAGUAUUAUGCUGCUCAUCAUGACCAGUGCAAUGAAUCAUGAGUCUAUCGUUUCAUUUUUUCAUGAAAUGAAUUACUUUGGACUUUCAAGAGAUCAGGUCCAUUUUUUCUCUCAAGGUACGCUACCAUGUUUUACGAAUGAUGGAAAAUUCAUUCUUGAGACAGCAAGUCAACUCGCGCGGGCUUCCGACGGUAAUAGUGGUAUCUAUUCAGCUCUGAAGCGAAGUAAAAUACUUGAUUUACUAUGCACGCGUAACGUGAAACAUUUACAUGUUUUUUCGGUGGACAAUGUACUUUGCAAGGUUGCUGACCCGGCGUUUAUCGGCUACUGUAUUGACCAAGACGCCGACUGCGGAAUUAAAGUCGUGUGGAAGACACGGCCUGACGAAAAUGUGGGUGUUGUAGCGAAGCGCAAUGGAAAGUAUUGCGUUCUGGAGUAUUCAGAACUCGACCGUGCUGCGUCAGAACGUGUCAAUCCUACGAGCGGGAAACUUAGUUUCGGCGCUGCUAAUAUUUGCAACCAUUUGUUCCGUAUUGACUUUCUCAAGAGGUGCUGUAACCAGACCGAUCCAAACUACCACGUCGCUAGAAAGAAGAUUUCUUAUGUUGAUGACAAAGGCACUAAGACGAUAACCCCAAUGAGCAACACUGGAAUUAAGCUUGAGUCGUUCAUCUUUGACGUCUUUCCAUUCUCUCAAAGCUUUAAAGUGCUUGGUGUGACACGAGAAGAUGAAUUUGCACCAGUCAAGAAUGCUCCUGGAGCCGUGUCAGACUCGCCUCUUACCGCUCGCCAACUUGUGUUUCAGCAAUGCAAGCGCUGGCUGCUAGAAGCCGGUGCGACCUUCAUAGAUAACGAGUCCGAUAGCAUAUGCGAGAUUUCGCCAUUAUUAUCCUACAAUGGUGAAGGUCUGGAGGAACUUGCAAGCACGAAAUCUCCAAUUCAGCUUCCCGUGGUGCUUGAUCGAACAUAG